UCUGCCCAAUGAAUUAAGAGCGGAUGCGAUGUAUCCUUUUUCAGUGGACUGAAUGGCCAAUGGCAGUUGGCUUGUCGAGCAAACACUGAGCCCUACAUUCCCAUUCAUUCAGUGUUAGACAGUGCUGCAGCUUUGGAGAGAGCACGAACGAGACAAGGGUUUGCUUUGAGCGUUAGACAACACGAAAUAACUCGCGCCUUUCUACAGAUACGCGAAGGGAGACUCUUGGAUAUAUCGGUAUUUGUUUGCAUUUCGAAUUUGUUUGCACAAAGAAACUGAAGUCAUUUUAAUCACGAUCGCUAUUCCGCUACCGGACUAACCUGGGUUUCUUGACUACAAAUCGGCCUCAAGUGCGCAACUCAAACAGGGUGUCUUACAUCUAGCCUCUAUCGUGGAUUUACUGUUUCUGGAAAAGAUUGAUGUAACUGCGCGUUUAAAACAUCAACAUUUAGCCUAUAAGGAUUAACGGAAAGAAGAUAAAUCCUCACAUUUUUUGGAAUUAACAUUGUCCAUUAUGGACGUUAUCUGCUUUUAAGUUAGUCUGGACAAUUUUCUUGGAUGGAGUUCUGGUAUAAUGGUUGAUGGAUUCGACGUUAUGGAUGGUUGCAUUUAGGUUCUCCGAUGCAUGCCAAGUCCACGGUGAAUGUCGGAAGUGGUGAUCCCCCCAGAUGGAGCUCCAAAGUCAACAUGGCCCUGGCCGUUCAUUACUGGUGAUCCAGCAGUCUCCCCUGGAGGGCCGGCAUAGGUCUGACCUGGACCGGGAGCUCCAGCAUGCCGCCAUCCUCUCCCUGGACCAGAUCAAAGCCAUCCGCUCCAGCAACGAGUACAGCGAGGGUCCGUCCGUGGUCCGCCGGCCCCCAGCCCCCCGCAUGGCCCCCAGGCCUGAGAAACAAGAGCGGACUCACGAGGUGAUCCUCGUCAACGUCAACAACAACAACUACGACCACCGUCCGUCCGCGCUGCACCAUCCCAGCGGGGUGCUGCUGGUGUCCGGGGGCCCGCCCUAUGGAGGCUCCAGGGCCCCCGGCCUCAGCCGCUCCACCAGCACCGGCAGCGCGGCCAGCUCUGGGAGUAACAGCAGCGCCUCCUCCGAGCAGGGACUCCUAGCCCGCUCCCCGCCCUCCAGGCCCGGCCUGGCCCUGGCCCAGCACCACCACAGAGCCGAGCGGGCAGUCAGGACUCAGCCCCAGCCGAAGGGCCUCCUCCUCCCCCCCCAGCCGGGCCUACACCCCCUGGAGGCCCCGCUCAAGCCCUCGGGGAAAGGGAAGCAGGACUUGCUGGACGGGGUGGGGACGGACGGCCACCAGUUCAUCUGCGAGCGCUGCGGGAAGUGCAAGUGUGGCGACUGCACGGCCCCGCGCACGCUGCCCUCCUGCCUGGCCUGCAACGGACAGUGCCUGUGCUCCGCGGAGAGCGCGCUGGAGCACGGCACCUGCAUGUGUCUGGUGAAGGGCAUCUUCUACCACUGCUCCAACGACGACCAGGGGGACUCGUGCGCCGACCAGCCCUGCUCGCUGUCGCGCUCGCUCUGCUGCUCGCGUUUCCUCUGCAUGGGAUUAAUGUCGGUACUCUUCCCCUGUCUGCUGUGCUACCCGCCCAUCAAGGGCUGCCUGAAGGCCUGCCAAGGCUGCUACGACCGGGUCAACAGGCCUGGGUGCAGAUGCAAGAACUCUAACACUGUGUACUGCAAACUGGAGAGCUGGUCGCCGCAGGCCCAGGGAAAACCUUCCUGAUCCUGGGGGACUAGUCGUGUGUACCUGGGGGAGGGGAGAUGGGGGGGGGGGGGGGGGGCAUGGAGCCCACACACCCAACCCACCCACCUCCUCCACCACCACCUUCUCCUCCAUAUGGACCUGUUAAUGGUUAUGCUGAUAAUAAUAGUCACUAUCGAUGUUUAUCAAACAUUUGAAGCCCCUGCCUCCCCUGCACCAGUGCAGUCCUGAGAGGAGCUGGGGAGCGAUGAAAACCACUCAUUCGUUUGUUUUUGUUUGUUUCUUUUGCAACAGGAUCAUGUUUUACAGACCAGUGUUUGCCUUAACUGUUUCUUUGUCUUUGUUCAGCUACACACUAACACUCGUGUACAUCUGACAUGUUCCUGUCAGCUAAGCAGGGGAUCCCCGGGGCUUUAAGCUACCAGUAAGAACCGCCUCGUACCAGAUCUGUGAAGGACUCUCUCUCUAGAUGAUAUGUAGCUGUUACCUUGUACGCAUGGCAACCAGGACUGUUGGAUCACCUAACCGCUACCACACAGAGAUCGUGGUGGGCUUGGUUUCCUGUGAGUUGUGUUAAGGAAAGCCUGUCCCUGUCAUGGUUGUUGUGAUGGACUUUUCCGGUUCCUGUUCCUGCUCAACAUUCUCAACUCUCUCUCCUCUGGCUUGUCCUACCUUUUUGGUUUUUAUUUUGGUUUUGUAAAUUGUAUGCUCAAAUUCAUGAGAGUAAUUCUGGCUAUUUUUUAAAAGAAAUGUCUGUUAAAACAUUCUUUGU